GGCCGAAGCAGCAGCCUCAUAUACUGACUUGGACUCUAUACCCAGGCAGAGUUUAAAGCGCCGCGCUGGGACGCCCGAGUAUCGUGACCUUCUUUUACGCCACUGCCGUCAAGCUUGUUUUUGACUUGCUCUUCUUGGACUUGCUCACUGUUCCGCACGUACAGAACCUUCGCUCCCUUCUCGAACAAUGGCGACAGGCGAGUUCGGCGCCCCGCCGGGGUACGUCGACCUCCAUGAGAACCAGACCGAGGUCAUCUACUGGACCAUCAUCCCCGUGGCGGUGGUGGGGACGGGGUCGGUGGUGCUGCGGUUCAUGGCGCGCAGCAUGGCCAACGGGCCGGGGUUGUGCAUCGACGACGUGUUUAUAUUUCUAGCGCUGGUCUUCACGUGGGUGACGGCCAUCUGCUGUUUCCUCAGCAUCCAAUACGGCGCCGGACGCCACUUGUGGACCGUGUCCAAGGACGACUUCACCAUGAUCUGGCGGAUCCUCUACGCCUACGUCAUGAUCUACGCCACCGCCGUCAGCUGCACCAAAUUCUCCAUCGUGCUCUUCUACCGCCGCAUCUUCAGCUUCACAUACGGCUUCUGGCUCGGCGCCUUCCUGGCCGUGAGCUACUGGGUCGUCAUCCUCGUCGUCAUCAACACCGGCUGCCGCCCCUUCUCGUAUUUCUUCGAGCAGUACACCAACCCCACCGCCGAGGGCACCUGCAUCGACCUCGGCCUCUUCUACUACGCCAACGCCAUCUGGGCUAUGCUCGUCGACGUCGUCAUCCUGCUCAUGCCCUUGCCGACCAUCUGGUCCCUGCAGCUGCCGACGCAGAAGCGCGCUGCUGUCACCGUCAUCUUUUUGCUGGGCGCGUUCGUCGUCGGCGCAAGCAUCGCCCGCAUCGUCACCCUCAAACACUUCCUCUCCGCCAAAGACCUCACCUGGGAAAUCGGCGCCGUCUUCAUCUGGUCGUGCGUCGAGCCGUUCGUGGGGAUCGUGUCCGCGUGCCUGCCCACCUUCGCCCCAUUGAUGCGGCGUGUCUCGCCCUCGCUGAAACGCCGCUUCUCGCUGCUCUGGGAUAGCUGGGGCAGCACAUUCGGAGCGGGAACGACGUCGCGCUCGCGAGCUCAGAGUGGCAGCGCGCGCCGCCAGAAAUGGGGCGCGAGAGGCUAUGUCGAGACGGUGGAGGGCGAUGUUGAGAGUGGAGAUGCUAUUGGCUUGACGACGAGGAUUAGAGCUGGUAGUGCGCGCAGUGGGAGUGCGUGUGGGAGUGCGAGUGCGAGUGCGGGGUCUAAGGCGGAGGACGACGCGUGGAGGUGUGAGGAGCAUGCCAUUACGGUGAAUAAGGAGGUUACGUGGGGGGAAGUGCGGCGGUAG